AGCUCCGGUGGUGUUUAGUGCAACAUGGCUGAAGUUUUAAAGAAGAAAGUGAGUAAAAAGGUCUUGAAAAAAAGCCCAGAGGUGACGGCAAAGCCAGAGGUGGGCUACGAUGACGGCGAAGCGGACGAGGAUGUAAAGGGAGCAGAUGAAGACAUUACUAGUGAGGAGGAGGACGGCGAGGAUGAUCGAAAACGUCAACAUCUACUGGAGGCCAUCAGCGCUCUCGGGGGUAAGAGGAGGAAAACUCUGGGAGAGAGAUCCGAGGCGGCCAUGCAGAUGUCGGAGUUUAUGGUCCACGCGGAGGGUGAGGGUGAGAGAGUGGAAUUGUCGGACCUCAUCCACAUCAUGGAAAAAACCCCCACCGUCCCUGCAAAGACCAAGAAGCAGCUGAAGAAUCUGCAGCGCAGUAAGAAGACCAUCGAAUGUCCUCUCAGCAAACAGGAGAGUGAGAGGAUUCAGAGAGAUGUGGCUUUUCAGAAGGCAGCUACAGAUGUUAGCCGGUGGAAAAGUAUUAUUUCCCAGAACCAGAGGGCCGAGCAGCUCGUGUUCCCCCUCAAUCAGGAGCCUUCGGGCCCCAAACCCAUAGAGAGAGUGGUGACUGGCUGGAAAGCCCAAACCCCACUUGAGCAGGAAAUUUUUGCCCUCCUGUCUGCCAACAAGCAGCCCAUUAACGAUCCCAUUCUGACCCCCACUGAGGAGGCUUCCAUGAGGGCGAUGAGUCUGGAAGAAGCCAAGGUCCGCCGCGCAGAGCUGCAGAAAGCCCGGGCUCUGCAGUCCUACUAUGAGGCCCAGGCCCGGAGAGAGAAGAAGAUCAAAAGCAAAAAGUUCCAUAGGGUGCAGAACAAAGCCAAGCGUAAAGAGUUCCUGAAGCAGUUUGAUGAGAUGGUGAAGACAGACCCAGCUGCUGCCUUGGAGGAGCUGAAUAAGAUGGAGCUGGCCAGGAUGCAGGAGAGGAUGUCACUAAAGCAUCAGAACAGUGGCAAGUGGGCCAAGUCAAAGGCUAUCAUGGCCAAAUACGAUGAAGGGGCUCGCAAGGCCAUGCAGCAGCAGCUGGAGGUAAACAAAGACCUGACGCAGAAGCUGAUGACCUCACUGAACGAUGAAGUAGAGGAGGAAGCAGGUGACCCAGAACUGCUGCCCGAUUUUGUGAAUGAUGCUGAGCAAGAACUGGAUUCUUCGAAUCCUUGGAUGAGAGGGAGGCUUUCUGAAGAUCCCACAGAGGAAGAGAAUUGUGACACUGUGGGUCAGACAGCAGAACAGUCUGGAGGGGUAGGAAAUACAGCUGAAGAAGACGAGGAGGAGGAAGCUGAGGAAACAGAAGACAAUGUGAUCCUCAGAGAGUUUGACAGCAGGAGAAAACUACGUCAGGCUAUGGAGGAUGACGCAGCAGCAGUAAUGUCUGUAGAUGUGGAUGAGGAGGAGGCGGAGGAGGAGAGCAAAGCUUCAGCUGAGGAUGCAGAUGCUUCUGACAAAGAAGAAGAGACGCUUUCACAGUUCAAAGACCUUUUCCGCGAAAUAGCAGAAGGUCACAGCCGGGUUGAAGCAGCAGCUGUUGCUGGCCACGCAGACACUUCAGCUCAUCUGGAAGCAGGAGUGAUGAGGAUCAGGACUGCGGGUGAUGCUGAACUCCUCACUCAGGAGAACUCAGCCACUGAUAAAGAACCUUUUAAAGCCCAGGAGCCCCCAGCCACAGAAAACCUCCCAUCUUCAACAAAAAAGGAAGGUAAAAGCAGAAAAAGGAAGAAAAAGAUUGAACUGAACAAAGUUCUCACCAAAGAGACAAAAGUCAUCAAAGUCUUGCUUGCGCCAACUAUUGAGGACUCUGAGGAGUCAGAAGAAAAGCUGGACCAGAGGGGUCUCAUUAAGGAGGCUUUUGCUGGAGAUGAUGUAAUCUCAGAAUUCCUCAAGGACAAGAGGAAGCAGGAGGAUGUAGGGAAACCUAAAGUGCUGAACCUGACACUACCAGGAUGGGGCGAGUGGGGAGGGACGGGCCUCAGGCCAUCCCGCAGCAAACGCAGGAGGUUCAGAGUCAGGAGUGCACCACCUCCACCCAGGAAAGAUCAGCAUCUGCCCAGUGUCAUCAUCUCAGAGAAGAGGAACAGCUGCAUCAGCCUCCAUCAGGUGAACUCAGUGCCCUUUCCCUUUGAGAACCACACGCAGUUUGAAAGCACCAUUCGCUCUCCCCUGGGCCGCACCUGGAACACAGAGCGGACUGUUAAAAAGGUCACCAAGCCCAAGGUGGUCACCCAGCUGGGCACCAUCAUUGAGCCUAUGGCUCAGGAGGAGCUGGUGAAGGCAAAGGUGUCUGCAGGAAAAAACAGCUGUGCAGACUCACUGAAAAUGAAACAUUAACAACCGCUAUUACUUUGAUCCAGAGUAAAUUAAAAUGUACACAGUGACGCCAGGUUGUUAGUAUUUCUCCACUCAUCAGCUGUUCUGGGGAGAUUGAGAGAUAACUUCACCAGUUUAAGAUACGCCUGAAAAACUUGCCCUUUAAAUACAGUAUGGUCUGUAUGACAUCGUUUCAUUCUGUGAGAAUAUCUGAGCAUCAAGAGAGCUAAAAUAAUGUCCACUUCUUUAGCUCAUCUCUUUCCUGGAUCUUUUUAUGUUGUAUGUUUGGUAUCAAAUCCGUGAAAUCAAAUGAAGUCAACUAAUUAGUUAAGAAUAUUUGAAAAUAAAUUUCAUGUUUGGAGUUAAAGAU